UAAUUACCGGAAAAUUGAGGAGUGCAAAAACAAAUGGAGUAUGAACUCCUUCUUCCUCCGUUAGUGCGAUCUUGAUAUCAGAGAACACUGUGAACCAAAAAAAUCCUGUUGAAGAAACGCACAAAACUCAAGUAGUACAACCCUAUAUCAUCUCAAUUUUCAAUUUUCAAUUUUCGAUCAGAUGAAGGAAAAAGAGCAAGGUAAUGAUAAAGGAGGGAACUUUGAGGUGGACCCCAAUCUUCCUAAAUGGGUCUGUCAGAAUUGCCGUCAUUCUCUCUCCAUUGUCGGCGUCGUCGAUUCCUUCGGGUUACAGGGAUCAUCACUCCAGGGGGCAGGCAGUGUAUUGGCUUCCUCACAAAUGGACCAUUCAUUUGUUGUGUUGCCAAAGCAAAAAAAUCAAUCACCUGGUGCCCCUCCUCGACCUCGUAGUGGUUGUGGGAUCCACCCGGAAACAUCUCAGUCUGGGAAGAUGAUGGAUGAAUCAUUUGUGGUUUUACCUCCAGCUCCCGCCUCUGUUUACCGGAGUGAAUCCCAAACAGAUGGUGGUGGAGCACAUGCACAAUCUGCCGAAGGCAGCCCUAGUGGCCAGUUAAACCCUGGCACUUCUGGGUUUCACUCGACUAUAACUGUUCUCAAACGUGCUUUUGAAAUUGCAACCGCACAGACCCAGGUGCGUUUAACAAUUUCCACAAUCACUUGGAUUUAUGAGGUGGAACAACCAUUAUGCCUUGAGUGCAUGAGGGUGUUGUCAGAUAAGCUUGAUAAGGAGGUUGAAGAUGUCAACCGAGAUAUAAAAGCUUAUGAAGCUUGUCUUCAGCGUUUGGAAGGUGAAGCUCGUGAUGUCCUUAGUGAGGCUGACUUCCUUAAAGAAAAAUUAAAGGUUGAAGAAGAAGAAAGGAAGCUUGAAGCUGCGAUUGAAGAAACAGAGAAGCAGUGCUCGAAAGUAAACACUGAACUGAAAGAAUUGGAGAUGAAGUCUAGCCGUUUUAAAGAGUUGGAGGAGAGGUACUGGCAUGAGUUCAAUAAUUUCCAGUUUCAACUAAUAUCACAUCAGGAAGAAAGGGAUGCUAUAUUGGCAAAGAUUGAAGUUUCACAGGCACAUCUGGAUCUGUUGAAGCGGACCAAUGUCUUAAAUGAUGCUUUUCCUAUCUGGCAUGAUGGAGAAUUUGGGACAAUCAAUAAUUUCCGACUUGGACGACUCCCUAAAGUUCCGGUUGAAUGGGAUGAGAUAAAUGCUGCUUGGGGCCAAGCUUGCCUUCUCCUCCACACAAUGUGUCAAUAUUUCACUCCAAAAUUUCACUACAGAAUAAAAAUUCUUCCCAUGGGAAGUUAUCCUCGGAUUAUGGACACAAGCAACAACACUUAUGACCUGUUUGGGCCGGUGAACUUGUUCUGGAGCACACGUUAUGACAAAGCAAUGACACUGUUCUUAACAUGCUUAAGGGACUUUUCAGAAUUUGCCCGGAUGAAGGAUCUGGAGAAUAACAUACCUCCUGAUAAGUGUUUCAAGCUGCCAUAUAGAAUUGAGAAUGACAAAGUGGAAGCCUACUCCAUCACACAAAGCUUUAACAAGCCAGAGAACUGGACAAAAGCUCUCAAGUACACUCUUUGCAACUUGAAAUGGGCACUCUUCUGGUUUGUUGGUAACACAAGCUUUCAGCCUCUCUCCGCUUCCUCUCAAGUUGAUGUUCCAGCCGCAGGCACUUCAUAUGUAAAGCGCAGUAACAACCCCAAGUCUGAUAUUCGAAAUUCAUCUGGCCAAUGAUGCAGAUACUUGUGAUUUGUCAACAUUUGUCGUGUAUAUAUCAAAAUGAAUUCGUUUGACUAGUUAGCUCCCUAAGGUAAUUCUGUACAGCUUCCAAAAUUCGUUGUAAUCAAACCGAUAUUUAUUUAUUUUGGUUUUGUUUAGGGGUAGUCAUUUUGAUGUAUACUUUCUCCUUUCGUAACCAAUAGUCACAUAUAGCACAAUAGAAUCAAUGUAAAGUACAAUGUAUUUGGCAAUUGGCACCAUCAAAUUGUGUUCUGAAGUUUGCAAAUUGACAAA